AUGCGAAAACUCUGGCAAGAAAAACAAGUGCGGUUGGAUGGACGAGGAGCCGAACAAAUUCGUCCCUUAGAAAUUAAAAUCGACUAUUUGCCAAACGUUCAUGGUAGUGCGGUCUUUGCUCGGGGGGAAACUAAGGUUCUUUCAGUAAUAACCGUGGGAAAAAUCAGUGAAAAACAAUUAGUCGAUAGUAUUUUUAACCGCUUUCAUAAAUAUUUUAUUCACCAUUAUAAUUUCCCUCCUUUUGCCGUGAAUGAAAUGGCUAGUUAUCGAAGUGUUUCCCGGCGGGAAAUCGGUCAUGGUGAGUUGGUAGAAAAAACUUUUGAUUAUUUAAUUCCCUCGACCGAACUAUUCCCCUACACGGUUCGGGCAGUCUCGGAAGUUCUUUCCUCAGAUGGUUCAUCUUCUCAGGCUUCGAUUUGUGCUACUUCUUUGUCCCUCAUGGCAACCGGGGUGCCACUAACUAGACCAGCGGCCGGAAUAGCUUUAGGCUUGUUCGAAGGUCAAAUUUAUAAUGAUAUUAAUGGUUUAGAGGAUAAAUUAGGAGAAAUGGAUUUUAAAAUUGCUGGCACUGAAAAGGGGGUUUGUUCCCUUCAAUUGGACGUUAAAAAUCAAGGAAUUAGCCAAGCGUUAAUAAAAACUAGUUUUGAAAAGGCUCGCCAAGCCCGGUCUCAUUUAUUAAAGGAAAUGAAAAGUCAUAUUUAUCAUCCCCGUCCUAACUUACCGACCCAAGUUAUUAAAUGUCGCUGUUUUUAUGUAGAAAAAGAAAAAAUUGGAUUAGUGAUUGGAUCCCGAGGCAAAACUAUUAACCAAUUAACCGAAGAAACCGGUUCAACCAUUGAAGUCCAAAAUGAUGGAUAUAUACUUGUCUAUCACCAAGAGGAGGAUAAAUUAGAAAAAACUUGUCAAGCAAUUAAAAAGAUAAUUAAAGGCGAGACAGUUGGUAAAUUAGCAUCUUCAAGAGGAGGCGAUUUUAAAAGGGCUUAUGAUGCUACUCAAACAGGGCUUACUUAUGGAACACCAACGGGUCAAUUUACCGCCCAUGAAAUUCAUAAGGCUAAUGGUGAAGAUUAUAACCCCGAUAAAAACCCCAGUUGCAGUUUUGAACCUAACCGCAAAAUAUUUACUUGCUUUACUUGUGGUUUUAAGGCUAGCGAUAUUUUUAGCUUUUGGGCUCAGUAUCAGAAAAUUACCUUGGAAGCAGCGGCUGAAGAAAUUGGUCAAAUGGGCUAUUUUCCUCUUUCGAUUUUGCGGGAGAAAAAGCAAGAAGAACAAAAAGAAAAAAAUAAAGUCUUUUAUCUCCUUUCGCUAAUCACUGAAAUUUAUCAGCACAACCUGCUUACUCAAGCUGGUCGGGAAGUAUUAAAAUAUCUGCAAAUUGAGCGCCAAUUAGACCAAAAAACGAUCGACCAUUUUGGCUUGGGAGUUACUAACUUAGUCUUAGUAACUGAGAAUAACCGAGUUUGUGACUUUUUCCCAACUCAACACUUAAUUAUCCCCUUAACCAACUCUGAAAGCAAAAUAGUGGCUUUUGCAGCCCGAAAAAUUGGUGAAAUACCAACCGGAGAGGGCAAGUACAAAUAUUUACCAAGUUAUCAAUAUUAUCAAAAGUCCUCCCUGCUAUAUAAUUACCCAACCGCUAAAAAAAACCGAACUGAGGAGUGUUAUUUAGUAGAAGGAUUUUUUGAUGUGAUUAGUUUGCAUAAAUUAGGGAUAGAAAACUGUCUAGCUUUGCUUGGAACUAACUUAUCGGAAACACAAAUUAAACUGCUAAUCGAGUUAAAGAAGCGAAUUAUUCUCUUUUUAGAUAGUGAUAAAGCGGGACGAGAAGCCGCGGUUAAUGUGGCUGUAAAAUUACUGUUAAAGGAAGUUGAUUGUGAAGUAAUAAAGGGUAACUAUGAGGGUGACCCAGAUGAGAUUUGCCAACAACAAACUAAAGAAAAAGUGGGGAAUAAUCCGCAAAGGAUCAGUCGCUUUGUCAGUGAAAUGGCCGAAGUUUUUCGGAAGUUCAAACCUAGUAUUUAUGAUUUCCUAAUCACCAAAAUAAGUUCCUUAGUUGGCUGA